AUGAUGUGUUCGAUUAAUAUUCAAUAAAAAAAUGAUUCAAAUCCAAAUUGUCUUUAUUUUUUUGUUUCAUUAAUUUAAUUAGCACAUAUACAGAUGUUUAUUAUCAAAAUGAUGAAAAGCCUUUUGGGAAACUUAGGGAUCUGGAAAAAGGAUGCAAAGAUUUUAUUUUUAGGGUAUUUUAAAAUAAUAAUAUCGUUUAUAGCCUCGAUAAUGCAGGCAAAACAACUCUUUUGAGAAGAUUGAAGGAUGAUAGAAUGGUCUAACAUGAUCCAACAUUGCAUCCACAUGCAGAAGAACUGGUUCUAGGAAAAGUUAGAUUCAAAGCUUUUGAUUUGGGUGGCCAUCCUACUGUUAGAAGGACUUGGAAGAAUUAUUUCCCUACAGUUUAAGGAAUUAUCUACCUUGUUGAUUCAUCAGAUUAGAAUAGAUUGAAGGAAAGCAGAAAUGAAUUGGAAUAAAUUUUAAAUACACCGGAGUUAGCAUAAGUAUUAUAGCAUUUAAAUAUUCCAAUUAGGUUCCUAUAGUAAUUUUCGGGAAUAAAAUUGACAAGCCAGGAGCUGUGCCAGAAGAAGAAUUGAGACAAGCACUAGGAAUAAACGUUAAACAAAAUAUUAACAAAAAAAACAUUAAGGAAAUUGAUGGAAGACCUGUCGAUGUAUUUAUGUGCAGUGUAGCAAAUAAAGUAGGCUAUGCUGAAGGUUUUAGAUGGUUAUCAGAUUUAUUAAAUUGAGAUUCAU